CGGUAAACGCUGACAGGGAGGGCGUCCCGCCUGCUGCCUCUCUGUGCCUAGCGAGGACACAAGGACACAGACUGGGACCGAUGCAGGACGCUGCGUGGCAAGGCGUGAUUUCGCAGACCUGACAACCACGUGUUUCGAUAGAGGCAGCAGGGACACCCACAAACACUUGAUUAACAUAAUAAUUCAAGGCACAGAAUACGCCUUUUUGCAUGCGCCCAUUAGAAUGUGAAUCGCUGCCACAGCGAUUAUCAUAUCAUUACAGUCAGUAAGUGAGACAAAUCUGUAUCACUGAAGUGAGCGAGGGACACGAAUGUGAACAGUUACACGUGAAUGAAUGGGAGGUCGCCUUAAUGAUUGUUGAAAUAAUGUGUUGAACGUGUGAUGAAUUGGGAAAGCACAUGAACUCUCGGCGAGCGUUGACGAACGAAAAAAUAACUUUUCGUGUACAUCUUGUGGAUAUCCUGUCCCCACAACACAGCGGGGUGAUGUGGCACAAGACGUGAUGUUUCGCGGUCUGAGAGCGGAACACAGAGCGCCUCUGCAGCUCAUGACGUUGCUCCUGGUCAUCUCGCAGUCGGGACCAACAGGCAGCCGACGGUUCCUGACAGACUUCCUGCAGGAGCUGCCAACGCCCGCCACCGGUCCCCAGUUCGACACAAGUGUGCCCAACAACCUGACAGGACUGGUGGGCAAGACGGCCGAGCUUAACUGCCGCGUCAAGAACCUCGGCAACAGGACGGUGUCUUGGGUGAGGCACCGCGACAUCCACUUGCUGACGGUCGGCCGCUACACGUACACCAGCGACCAGCGCUUCGAGGCCGUGCACUCGCCGCAUUCAGAGGACUGGAUGUUGCGCAUCCGGUACCCGCAGAAGAAGGACUCCGGCGUCUACGAGUGCCAGAUCAGCACCACGCCGCCCAUUGGUCAUCAGUUCUUCCUGAACGUUGUAGAACCUUUGACGGAAAUCCUGGGAGGACCGGACUUGUUCAUCAACGCCGGGAGCACCAUCAACCUGACGUGCCUUGUCACCUACGCGCCAGAGCCUCCCUCUACAGUACUGUGGAGGCACAACGGGCAGGUGAUAAACUUCGACUCGCCACGUGGAGGGGUGAGCCUGGUGACGGAGAAGGGCGCCGCCACCACCAGCCGGCUGCUGAUCCAGAAAGCGUCCGCUGAGGACACGGGGCUCUACACCUGCGCGCCCUCCAACGUGGCUCCCGAGAGCGUCAGAGUGCACGUUCUGAAGGGUGAGUUGCCAGCCGCCAUGCUCGACAGUGGAGCGCAAGGAGCUGUGCCAGAAAUAUUCUGGUUAGGGAUGGUGGUAUCCCUUAGUCUCCUGAAGUGACAACCGUCACUAUUCAAUGCCUAAAUGCGAAUUACGACGUAACAGUUCCCGUCAUUACCAUAGACACUAAAGAUUUGUGAACCAUAUAAGAAGGCGACACACGUUUGUAUGAGAAACAGUUCUUCGAUGAGAACUCUUAGUACACGAUAUAUUUUUAUCAAUAAGCAGAGUAUUUUUGUAGCAAAAAUACAUUAAGCAGUAUGAAAGUAAUGAAAUGAAUAUGAAAACACUGUAAUAACCCAGAUAACCUGGAAUAAAAUAUUUAUUAUCGACA